CCUCACUUCGUCGGCCUUUUCUUCUGUUACACUCUCAAAUCUCACUCAGUAGUAAUUCUCUCUCCGUUGUUCUAGUCCUCUCCUUCGUGACAAACCCUCUCCCGCUUAGCCAAGCCCUCAAUCCUUUGAUUCUGUACAGAGAAAACUUCUGCAGCUACAAUUAGUUACAGUCCACAAUCCACUUGGGGUUGUUUUUAACUUAUGGCUGAAAUGGGGAAAAAAAGAGUUAAAACGACUACAUCAAUGGCUGAUGAAGAUAGAAUUUCGAAACUACCUGAUACAGUAAUUGUACACAUUUUGUCGUUUCUACCUACUGUGGAUGUUGUUCGGACAUGUAUCCUUUCAAGGCGUUGGAAAUUCAUGUGGUUUUCAGUUCCCACUCUCUCUUUCUCUGAUGCUACUGCUGAUUUUCAAUGGCCAGGGGCCCUAGAAAAGUUCUACAAAUAUGUCGAUAAUUGUUUGGAAAACCGUAGGAGAAUUAUGUAUUAUAUCGUCGAUUCAGCAGUCAUAACUCGUUUUAAGCUUGAGAUGAGGUAUUUCUAUCAAACAAGCAGGUCUGUCCUCAUAGAUAAAUGGCUAGCUUUUGCAAUUAAGAAUAGAGUCAAGGAAUUAUAUCUUUCCUUGAAUUUUUCCUUCGAGGAUGAUGUUACUUACUACUACUGGUUACCUGAAACAGUAGUCAACUCAAGAUAUUUGACUACUUUGGAGUUGGAUGGGUUUGAUUUGGAUACUGCUUAUUCAAUUAGACUUCCAGCAUUGAAAACAUUGUCAUUGAAAGAUGUUGUCUUUGAAGAGAAUAAUGUGGUAGUGAAGUUUUUGUUGGGUUGCCCUUCCCUUGAAAAAUUGGUGUUAAGUUCAUCGUAUUAUAAUUUUGUUGGUCAUCCUCUCCGAUUACAAAGUUUGAGCCUCAAGUUCAUGAAAAUUAAAUACGAUGGACUUGAUGUAGUACCUCUUGAAGUUGAGGCCAUGAAGCUUGAGACUUUGGUAGUAAAGGGAUUGAUCUUUGAAAACACAAAACUUUUGGCUUGCACGGCAAUUAGAAAUCUGUCACUAUCUUUUGAUUGCACUAAUCAAGACACGUCAUUAUUAGAGUAUGUCAUUUCAAAGCUUCCUCUCCUUGAGAAUUUGACUUUGAAGAACUGCUAUUAUUUGAAGGUUGAACAUAUUAAAAUCUCGAAUCAACAGUUGAAAAUUUUGAAUUUGAAGAAUAAGUAUAGUUACGAAAAGGACUAUGGAAUGAACUUCAUAAUUGAAUCAGCUCCAAAAUUAGUAUCUGUUUGUUAUGAAGGCAAUACCAAUUUCAGUAUAACUAUGGAGCCAUCUAAUUUGUUGAAAGGAAAAUUUGUAAUUCUUAAACAGCAUGAGAAUUAUGACGCAAAUUGGUUUACCAAAAUGAUGAAUUUGUUUCUGAAUCUCAAUUGUUCUUGGAAUGUUGUAACUCUGCAUGUUCCUUCAGAUAAGCUGGACUCAUCUAAUUUGCUGAGUGGAAACUACAAAACUUCAUGAGCAAUCUAGAUCAGGCUGCAUAUUGCUGAGUUAAGGUAUGCCGAAUAAUUGUCUUUUUAAUUAUUUUUCACUUUUAUUUUAAUAUUUAUUAUACGGUGGGUUACUUCGGUUUAAUAUCUUAUAUACGAUAAUAGUUAUCUCACUUAUUGUUAUUUUAUGCAUUUUCUGGAUCUGUUGCUCUUCCCUGCUUAGUUUUAGGCAUCUCAAGUUUAUAACUUGAGUAAUGCCUUGUAUGUUAAUCAUAUCUAUGACAAAUUUAAUUUAAUUUAAAAUGUGUUAGUACACUACUUUUGGGGUUAAUGAAUCUGCUAGUUGCUACUGAUAUCUCUACAGAGAACGAUGCUGCUUGAUGACAUAAUUUAUUGAACUCGGUAUGUUAAAAUGUUUAAAUUUAAAGAUAAUCCCACAAAAUUGAUCAAAAUCAGCAAAAAUGAAUUUAACUCGCACAAAUUUAGAAAAUAAUGGACAAAAUCUCCAUGGAAAUAAAUUAUGUAAACAAGAUUUUUGCACAGUAAAAAGUUAUUCAAUAUAAAUAGGAGAAAAAGAAAAACUUGGAAAAUAAAUCUUAACAAGGAUGAAAAUCAAAAGAUAGAAUAGAAAAGAUGGUUGUGCUUGUAGCAUUUAAAUAUCACAGUAAACAUUUUGAUUUCAAUUAGGUUCUUGUCUUGUGUUACUUAUUGGCCCAAAUCAUUUUAAAAAUUAUUAAUAAAAGGAGUUUUUUUCAUUUUAAAAUUAUCAUGGGAGUUUUGACACAUUGUAGAUGCUUGAAGAAUCAAUAUUUCCUUGUCCACCUUGUGUAUCAUGCACUUUGGGGUUGUGAUUGACUAGCGUCGAUCAGGAAGUGUUUUCAAGAAUAAGUGGUAUCUUUCCCUUUCCCUGUACAUGUUGGUUUUUAAAUCUUUAUGGUGGACUUGGUUGAAUGUUUAACAAGAGAUCAGCUUGAGAAGUUUCUAAUUAUGCUUUGGAGAAUCUGAUUUAAAAGAAACAAGCAGGUUAAUGAAGGGAUGAUUCUCCUUGUUGAUAUGGUUGUUGAAUGGGCUUUCAACUACUUGGAGCAAUUUAGACAAGCUAAUGUUUCAAGGGACGUGGGAGCUAUUCAUGGAGCUUCGACUUCAGCUGAUGUGCGUCCCGGUUGGACUCUGCACCAACUCCAAAUGCUUUUAAGAUUAAUACAGAUGCAGCCUUCAAUGCCAGCACAGGGAAGGUGGGACUUGGUAUGGUUAUUAGAGAUUCUCAUAGCAAUGUUCAUGCCUCUUUGAUAUGGCCUCUUAACAGUACGUUUAGCCCUGUUGUUGCUGAAGCUUUUUGCAAUUCUUCAUAGCCUUAAGUUAUGAAGGAGCUUGGGCUAUAGAAGUACACUGUUAGAGUCUGAUUGUCUCAUGGUAAUUCAAACCAUUCAGAAUAAAACUUAAGCAUGUUCUUAUCUAGGCAAUUUAUUAGUGAUAUUAUUCUAAUUUGUAAUGAUUUUUUUUAGAUCUCUCUCCACGCAUUGGCAAAACUAGCAUUUUCGUCGGAAUAUAAAUAUAGUGGCCUGGCUACC